AAUCAGGACAAAAAAAGAAACAAAGAUUUUUUUGGUUCUGAUUGAAUCAAUUAAAUGCUACUCUAUUCAUCGAGUGGAAUUUUUGAAUAUAGCCUGGGAUUAUACGGUGGAAUAGAAUUGGAGUAGAACACUUGCACUCAAAUUCUGCUUUCACAAUUUUCACUGUGCCUUCUCUUUCGACGAUUGGUCCUUCACUAAGCCACUAGAAGAAGAAAACUUUAGUCCUGACGUAGUUCAACAUCAUUUAUAUUCUUAUAUGGACAAUAUUUUUACUCUAACUGUGUAGCAAUUGUACAGUGUAAGACAGGGAAGAUUGUUAUUGUGUUUGUCAUCUUGAAACACUGUGUAUGUGUACGCCAGUGUAUAGAGACGUCUUGUCUUCUUUUUAUUGAAUCUAAUUUUAUAUAUUUUUUUUUCUAUUGCGUUUUUACGAAAAUAAAUUAGAAAUAAAAGCAUAGAAUCACGGGAUGUUCAUCUUAACAAAAAGCGGAUUACGAAAAUUUAUGAAGUACUAUGGCUUUGUAUGAUACCAUAGAAUAUCAAUACAUGCAAAUUAGUAAAAUUCCGACGUUGCAUUUUCAACCAUCCCUGCCACGUUUGCCAAUACCCAAGCUUGAAGAUACAUGCAAAAGGUAUCUGAAUGCACAGAAACCUCUGUUGAAUAAUGAAGAAUUGCAAAAUACGUCAUCCUGCAUCUCGAAAUUUCUUGCCAAUGAGGGACAGGGUUUGCAAAAACUAUUGCUCCAAAAUAAUGCUGAGAAUCCUCAUACCAGUUACAUCAGUGAGCCAUGGUUUGAGAUGUAUUUGCAAGAUCGCAAACCUCUGCCAAUCAAUUACAAUCCUUUCCUAGUUUUUAUACCAGAAUCUGAUCCUAAGUAUGAUGUACAAUUGGUAAAAGCAACGAAUCUUGUAAUAUCAUCAUUGAGAUUUUUUAAGUCCCUCAAGAAUAAUGUUCUAGAGCCAGAGAUAUUUCACAUGAAACCUGAGAAAUCAGAUACUCAAUUAUUCCGCAAUGUCACAAGACUGAUUCCAUCUCGCUUUAGCUGGUAUGGUGCUUAUUUAUUUAAGGCUUUUCCAUUAGAUAUGUCCCAAUAUAAAAAUCUAUUCAAUACAACUAGAAUACCGGAAUUAGAAAAAGAUAUAAUUUUUCACGAUCCCUUAGCGAAACACUUGGUUAUCAUGAGGAGAGGUCAUUUUUAUGCAUUUGAUGUUAUGGAUGCAAAUGACUCUAUUUAUAGUCCUAAAAAGAUAGCUGCAUGCUUAAAGACUAUUUUAGAAGAUAAUAGACCACCAAACAAACAUCCCGUAGGUGUUCUUACAUCGUUAGAAAGGAAUCAAUGGGCACGAGCACGUUCACAUUUAAUCGAAACAGGGAAUCAGGAAAUUCUCCAGAAAAUCGAUUCAGCUUUAUUUGUAAUGAUCUUAGAUGACGAAGUUAUCGGUACCGAUCAACACAAAUUAAUAAGAAAGUAUUUACAUUCAGACGGUACCAAUCGUUGGUUUGACAAGUCAUUUUCCGUCAUUGUUUCUAAGGAUGGCUACGGUGGAAUUAACUUUGAGCAUUCAUGGGGUGAUGGUGUCGCGGUACUCAGAUAUUUCCAAGAUGUAAAAGCUGAUAUAUCGAAGAAACCUAGAUUUCAUCCUAACGAAGUGGAUGAACUCUCUAAUGAAAGCGUGAACGUAGAGAGAUUACAAUUUUCUAUAGACACGAAGAGCGAAAGUAUUAUCAAUCAGCAAAUAACAGAUUAUCAGGAGUGGGUGAAUCGGCUGUAUGUUGAUUUUAUGAUUUACGAAGAGUUCGGUAAGGAUCAGUGCAAGAAGCUCGGGGUAAGUCCGGAUGCCGUGAUGCAACUGGCAUUCCAGUUGGCAUUGUACAUUCUAGAAGGCAAAUCAGUAUCAACUUAUGAAUCUUGCAGCACAGCUGCAUAUAAACACGGCAGGACAGAAACUAUCAGACCAUGUACACUAGAAACUAAAGCAAUCUGCGUCGCUAUGACUCAAAAACAAAUUGAGCUUUCUAAAUCAGAAUUAAAAAGAAUGAUACUUGAUUGUAGUAAAGCACAUAACGUGCUUACAAAAGAGGCCGUAAUGGGUCAAGGAUUCGACAGGCAUCUAUUUGUUUUGAAAAAAAUUUCAGAAAAAUCAGGUCCCGUUAAACCAACCAUUUUUCAAGACCCAGCAUACGAUGCUUUAAAUCAUAAUAUAUUAUCUACAUCCACCUUAUCAAGUCCGGUUGUAAUGGCUGGUGGAUUUGGGCCAGUAGUAUCUGAUGGGUAUGGAAUUGGAUAUAUGAUCCAAGAUAAACGUUUGGGUGCAGUUGUAACAAGUUACAAUGGUAGUCGUAAUGCCAAUCAAUAUGUACAAGCAUUAGCACACGCGUUCAAGAGCAUUCAUGAUGUGUUACAUACAUAGUACAGGAAUGACAGUUACGCAAUAUUUGUCAGACAUAUUUAGUUACAUUUUGAUUUGGAUUUUUACCGAGAUUAUUGAUAGCGCUAUUAUAUAUACAGGGUGUCCCAUAAUUCUUAAUUAAUAUUUCAAGGGGUGAAAGAGGAUGGAAUUUUGAACUAAAAGUUCCUUUCCCAAUUUUGACUCAGAUCAUUAUUUACCGAGUUAUUAACGAUUAAAGUUGAUCAAUCAGAUUGCGCCCAGCCGGAGUACGUAGAAGCAUAGCGAGCUGUGAGGCCUAUCGUGCUUUCUGUACAUUCUCCCGAUUAAAAUUUUUUUUCUAAUUUUUUAUAUUAAUAAAUAAAUGAGUAAAUAAAUAAAUAAGUAGAUAAAUAAAUAAAUGAGAAAAGUUAUAGUUGGAAAUUUAUCCAAUUUCUGAUUGUUUUUUUAAUAUUAUUUAUUUGUUUA